AUGGCGACGACGCUGCAGUCGACGGCACGCCUGCCGACGCCCGAGCCCGGCGAUGGUGCGGUGGUGGUCGAGAGCCACACCAACAGCAAUCCGCGCAAGCGCAGCUCCAUCUCGCGCUCCCCUUCGCCUCGACGGGAAGCCCCUUCACUACGCCGCCGCUCCUACUCACGAUCACGAUCACGAUCUCCGCCGCCACGAAGUGGUCCGUUGCCCAGAGAUGUCGAUCGGGAACGAGCCAAGGAGCGAGCGCGCCAGCUCGAGAUGCGCCAGCGAGUGGAACCGGAGUCAGCGAAGCCCCUCACUGACGCGGAAAAGCAGGCCGCGGCCAAGGCAGAAUACGACAAACUGCUCAAUAUGCGGUCGGGAGGCACAUAUAUUCCGCCGGCCAGGCUGAAGGCCCUCCAGGCUCAGAUCACGGACAAGACCUCGAAGGAAUACCAGCGCAUGGCGUGGGAAGCACUGAAGAAAUCGAUCAAUGGUCUGAUCAACAAGGUCAACGUUUCGAACAUCAAGCAUAUUGUACCCGAGCUGUUCAUCGAGAAUCUGGUCCGUGGACGAGGCCUGUUUUGCAGGAGCAUCAUGAAGGCUCAGGCGGCGAGUCUGCCCUUCACGCCCAUAUACGCUGCUAUGGCUGCUAUCGUGAACACCAAGCUCCCACAGGUGGGUGAGCUGCUCAUCAACAGAUUGAUCAUUCAAUUUCGUAAGGCUUUCAAGAGGAACGACAAGAGCGUCUGCCACAGCAGCACGACCUUCAUCGCACACCUCAUCAAUCAACAAGUGGCACACGAGAUGCUCGCAGCGCAAAUGCUUCUUUUGCUACUUCACAAACCUACAGACGAUAGCGUGGAGAUCGCGGUGGGCCUGAUGAAGGAGGUCGGGCAGCACAUUGAGGAAAUGAAUUCCCAGAUUUCGCUCGCCGUUUACGAUCAGUUCAGGAGCAUCCUGCACGAAGCGGAUAUCGACAAGAGAGUGCAAUACAUGAUUGAGGUGUUGUUUCAAAUCAGGAAGGAUAAAUACAAAAACCAUCAGGCGAUUCGAGAGGAACUGGAUUUGGUGGAGGAGGAGGAUCAAAUCACCCACAGACCUGGCUUGGACGAUGAGCUGAAGGCUGAAGAAGGACUCAAUAUCUUCAAGUUUGAUCCUGAAUUUGAGGCAAAUGAGGAGGCUUAUCGCAAGCUCAAGGCCGAAAUCUUGGGAGAAGCAUCUGGCAGUGAGGACGAAGAUGAUGACGAUGAUGAUGAUGGCUCGGACGAGAGUUCUGAAGAAGAUGGGGAAGGCGCUGCUGACAAGGCCAUGGACAUCAAGGACCAGUCGAACACGGACCUCGUCAACCUGCGGCGAUCAAUCUAUUUGACCAUCAUGUCCUCGGGUGGAUUCGAGGAAGCAUGUCACAAGCUCAUGCGGAUCAACCUGCCUACUGGACGGGAAGAGGAACUGCCAUCCAUGAUCAUCGAAUGCUGCAGCCAAGAACGAACUUUCAACAAAUUCUUUGGCUUGAUCGGCGAACGUUUCUGCAAGUUAAAUCGCCUAUGGCAGGAUCUUUUCCAAGACAUGUUCGUCAAGUAUUACGAGACGAUCCACCGAUACGAGACAAAUCGCCUACGAAUCAUUGCUCAAUUCUUUGCACAUCUGCUUGCGAGUGAUGCUAUCGGCUGGCAUGUCUUGCAUGCGAUCCAUUUGAACGAAGAGGACACGACCAGCUCGAGUCGUAUUUUCAUCAAGAUCCUGAUCGAAGAGUUGGCACAGGGCGUUGGCAUGAAGGCACUACAAGAGCGCUUCAAAGACGACGCACUUCAGCCUGCUCUGGCUGGGAUUUUCCCGACAGACAAUCCUAAGAACGCUCGCUUCAGCAUCAACUUCUUCACGGCCAUCGGUAUGGGCGCCUUGACUGAGGGCAUGAGGGAAUGGUUAAAGAACAUGCCCAAACCUGUUGCGGCGCCACCACCGGCCAGGAGCCCGACACCCAGCGAUCGAGGACGCAGCGCAAGUGUCAGUAGCUACAGCAGCUACUCCAGCUAUUCCUCGCGUUCGCGCUCCGACUCCAGAUCUCGCUCUCGUACACCAAGGCGUGGUAGGGGCAGGAGCUACAGCCGAUCUGCGACGCCGAGGAAGGGUGGCAGACGGGAUGACUCCUAUUCACGCUCUCGUUCGCCCCCAAACAGGAGACAGCGAUCCCCAUCCUAUGACUCUCGCUCCCCACCUUCCAGACGUGGCCGCGACGAUAGUGCCUCGCGAAGCCCACCUGUGCGCCGAUCUCGACGUGACAGCUACAGCGACGUGUCCAGGUCUCGCACUCCUCCUCGCAAACGCCGCGUCUCACCAUCGCGCUUAGCAUCGCGGCCUCCUAAAACGAAUGGCCGGCGACGUUCUCCUUCCGAUUCGCGUUCGCCGCCUCCGCGACAAGGCCGCUCAGCGAGCCGCUCCCUGACUCCCCCACGCCGUCGCAAUGGCCCGGCUACGGUCGCUAAAGGUCGGCCGAUGCAGCGCGAGCGAAGAGCCAGCAGCUACGACUCCAGAUCGCGUUCUCGCUCGCCGCCGCCGUCCCGCAAGGCACCGGCGCCGAGGCGAAGGAGAAAUAGCAGAAGCCCCGAAAGCAGCCGAUCUCGCUCUUCUUCUCCUCCACCACGCAAGGCGCCUCCAGCACAGGAUCCUAAGCCUGCGCCGCCGCAGCCACCGGCGCGGGAGGUUCAGGAUGACAUGUCGCACAUUCAUCCCAGUCGCAGGAGGCUUAUGCGGUAG